UUCAUCCUCUUUCCUUCUAUGUGUACAUUUUUAAUCCUUAAUAUAUACAUACAUAGUAGUUGCUGAAGCAGCAGAGUCUUCUAUUAUGGCCUCCAUAUCCAUCAACGCUCCCGGCGCAACCGGCUUCAUCUACAACAACGCCAACCUGGGCACCGCCCGCGUCUGCGUCUCCGCCGAAACCCCCGACUUUGAUACCGAGACGCUGCGCGCCUGGGCCGACGAGGGGUUUGAUGUUGUCUAUGCGCCGUAUAAUAAUGGGGGGAAGGAGUAUGAGGCGCGGUUGAAGUCAGUUAAGGAUGGGUUGGGCGUGGGGGAUAAUUAUGCUGUUAUUGCAUUCGGCGACGCCGCCUCCUACUGUCUCGACUACUACCUCAAAUCGACAAACUGCAGUCGUCUUGCGGCCCUCAUCGCAUACUAUCCCACUACGAUCCCUGAUACGCGAUCGCGAUUCCCGUUCUCGGUGCGCGUGUUGACGCAUCUUGCUGGAAAUACGGUGGACGUGGUGACUAUUCCGACGGUUAUUGGGUUGCAAGGGAAGAGACAUCGCUCGACGAAGCAGAUCAACCCUGGUAUCGGGACGGGAGAGAGAUUGCAGAUCGGCUGGCCGGCGUUUACGUAUGAGUCGGCGCAGCCGGGAUUCGCGGAGCAUGAUCUGGAGGAGUUUGAUCGGUUGGCGUCGGAUUUGGCGUUUAGUCGGACGUUGCAGGUGCUGAGGAAGGCGUUUGGGAAGGAUUUGGAUUUGGAGAAUAGGUGGGAGGAGCAGCUUGAGGCGCGCUUCUUCUCCAUGAACCUUACUGGAACUAUGGAGCCGUACGUCGGUCAUCUCAACCCGACACUUACUUGCACACCAACCAUGAGCGGUGGUAUCGGGACACAUGCGCUGCGUCGCUUCUAUGAACAGCACUUUCUGCGCAAGUUGCCUCCGUCGAUGCGUCUGCGGUUGAUCUCUCGGACUGUGGGGGCGGAUCGUAUUGUUGAUGAGCUGUAUGCCUCGUUUGAACAUACUCAGGAAAUACCCUGGAUGCUGCCGGGUGUUCCGCCGACGAAUCGCCGGGUCGAGAUUGUGCUAGUUAGCAUCGUCAGUCUGCGCGCGGGUAGACUGUACUCGGAACACAUGUACUGGGACCAAGCCAGCGUGUUGGUGCAAGUCGGACUCCUGGACCCGAAGUUCAUCCCGGACGGGGCACCACAGGGCGUGGACAGAUUACCAGUUGUUGGACGCGAGGCUGCCAGACGCAUCGUGGAGGAAGAUCCCGAGGCAGAAGGCCGGGACUACCAUAAUCGGUUGAUCCGCCGGGCGAAGGCUAAGCGCGGGAAGGACAAGCCGGUCGAGGAGUCAGGGACGGAGAUGGCGAAGAGUGAUACAGAGAAGGUGGAGAGUAAGCCCGCCGGAGAGAGUAAGGGGAAGACGGUGCAGAGGGAGCAGAAUGGCAAUGGAGAGGGUGCACUGGAGAAUCAUGGAGCGGAGGCGGAUGAGAAGGAGAAAGACGCAGAGAAGAAUGGCGAGGAGGAGAAGCCGGUUAAUCCGGCUGCUGCUACGGUGGAGGACACGAAAAGCGAUGAAUGAGCGUGUAUACCCUGCAUAGUAUGUUUGAGUGUUUUGUGUAUCUAGCUUGCAUUUGGAUUUCACCUCUUUGCCAAUUUCAAUCAAUCUCAU